AUGCCCAUUGCUUAUGCUCUUGUUGAUGAAGAGACUGUUCAUAGUUGGUGUUGGUUUUUCCAAAAUCUGAAACAGUAUGUCAUCCAGACCAGAAAAAUAUGUGUUAUAUCUGACCGUCAUGCUGGAAUCAUUCAUGCAAUGGAGAACCUCGAAGAUUGGAUGGAACCAAGGGCCUACCAUCGUUAUUGUCUUCGUCAUGUGAGAAGCAAUUUUAGUAGCAGAUUCUCGAUGAAAUACCUAAGGAAGUUGUGCUGGAUGAUUGGGAGCACAACCCAAUCACAAAAGUAUCGUUGGGCUGUGCAAGAAAUGCGGAUGUAUAAAGAGGAAGCAUGGGACUACCUGAACAACACAGACAAAAGUAAGUGGACGUUACGGCAUGACCAUAGGCAUCGUCGUUGGGGAAACCUAACGACCAACAUUUCUGAGUCUAUGAAUAAUGUGUUACGUCAGGCAAGACUGCUGCCUAUAAAAGUGUUGAUUCGUUUCACGUUUACGAAAGACGUAUCAGAGUAUGUUAGGCACACGCAGCUUGCAGCCCGUUGCAACUCCCCUUUACCCCCGCGUAUAUGGUCAAGGUUUAACAAACUGUACUCUGUAGCUAUGCAACACGAGGUGUCCAUGUAUGAUGCCAUAGAUGCACGCUAUAGUGUGGUUUCAAAGACUGAAACCAACGAUCACGGUGGCAAUGAGUACACCAUUGAGUACAAUAAAAGGAGUUGCUCAUGUGGGAAAUGGCAAAUGCUUAGAUUUCCAUGUUCCCAUGCCAUUGCAGUUUGUUAUUGGAGGGGUGAGGAACCGCACAACAUUACACAUUCUAUAUUCCAUACAACCACUUAUCGACAACAGUAUAGUGGACACUUUUACAACUUAGGGCACAAGGACGAAUGGGCAAAACCCGACUGGAGAAUUAAGGGGGACCCGUCGAGGGUUACAACUCAUCGAGGUAGGAUGCGUUCAAGGAGAAUUCAGAAUGAGUUGGAUAUUAACUAUCACGACGAACCCCAAGCGCGAAGGUGCAGCAAAUGUGGUGCUACGGGUCAUAACAGGAAGACUUGUGGCCAACGCUAA